CUGGACCCCCCGUCUCUCUCGUUUCAUUUCUCUGCGCUUCGUAUCCUCUCCCGCGUCGUUUCCUUCGCCGACGACAAAUACAACGACCAUUACUUGCUAAUUUUUUACGAUCUAAUCGUUGCAAUUUUUUACGCUCUUUAUUUGUCUCAUUUUUUUUUUUUGUUGGUUUUUCUCUCUAGGCUUCAGCAGCCUCGUUAAUUCCGAAGAUCGAUUUCUUUGAACUACCGUUUCUUUUAGAUCCCAAUAGUACUCUUCAAUUCUUUUUUACUCUCACCUAUUUCUGUUUUUUUUUUUUCAAAUAAUCUCUCAUUCGCGUUCUUGAUCUUUCGGUGCUUUUUGCCGAUUGAUUCUUUGAACAUGUCGGGUCCUAUUGAUCGUUUCGCAAGGCCUUGUUUUGAAGGUAUUGCUAGUAAUGAUGAAAAGAAAGAUAGGAAAUCGGAUUUCGAAAUCUCUGAAGAUGACAAGAAGACUAGAAUUGGGAAUCUUAAGAAGAAAGCGAUGAAGGCAUCAAGUAAAUUCAGACGUACUCUUAAGAAGAAAAGUCGUAGGAGGAAAAGUGACCUAUCUGUUUCGAUUAAAGAUUUUCGAGAUAUUGAGGAGUUGCAGACUGUUGAUGCUUUCCGUCAGGCAUUAAUCUCGGAGGAGUUGCUUCCUGCUAGGCAUGAUGAUUACCAUAUGCUACUAAGAUUCUUAAAAGCAAGGAACUUUGAUAUCGAAAAAGCGAAGCACAUGUGGGAUAAUAUGAUCCAAUGGAGGAAAGAAUUUGGUGCUGAUACUAUUUUGGAGGAUUUUGAGCUCAAUGAGUUGAAUGAAGUUUUGAAGUACUACCCUCAAGGUUAUCAUGGGGUGGAUAAGGAAGGAAGACCUGUUUACAUUGAAUUGUUAGGAAAAGUUGAACCUGACAAGCUCAUGCGAGUGACAACUUUGGAAAGAUAUGUAAGAUACCAUGUUCAGGAAAUUGAAAAGUGUUUUGCAACUAAGUUUCCAGCUUGCUCCAUUGCUGCAAAGAGACACAUAGAUUCUGGCACAACUAUUUUGGAUGUUCAAGGCAUGGGUUAUAAUGUGUUUAGCAAGUCUGCACAAGAUCUUGUGAAGCGGCUGCAAAAGAUUGAUGGUGAUAACUAUCCUGAGACUCUUUACCGAAUGUUCAUCGUCAAUGCUGGUCCUGGUUUUAAGAUGGGCUUGAAAGCUGUCAAAUCUUUUCUUGAUUCCAAAACAGCUAGUAAGAUUUCUGUUCUUGGUACAAACUACCAGAAUAAGUUGCUUGAAAUUAUUGAUGCUAGUGAGUUGCCACAAUUUCUGGGAGGUAGCUGCACCUGUGCUGAUCAGGGAGGUUGUAUGAGAUCAGACAAAGGCCCCUGGAAUGACCCCCAUAUAUUAAAGAUGAUUGCCAAUCGUGAAGCACUAUUUUCCAGACAGAUUGUGACAGUUUCAAACGGUGAAGGAAGUGUAAUUGCGUAUGAUAAGCCAUGUUAUCCUGUGAUAAAGAGUAGUGACACAUCUGCAGCUGAGUCAGGAUCUGAAGCGGAAGAAAUUGCUUCUCCUAAGGCAACUAGAAGCAAUUUACAUCCAAUAUUGGCUCCUGUUAGCGAAGAGGCUAGAAUGGCUGGUAGGGGGAUCUCUGCUGGUGGUUCGUCUGAGUAUGAUGAAUAUGUGCCCAUGAUUGACAAGGUUGUAGAUUCGGAAUGUGAGAUUCAAGUGUCCCAUCAGAGUCCGUAUAUUUCUAAAGGGACUCCUCUGCUGCUGGUAGAGCAAACUCCCAAAGGAAUCUAUGGUCAUAUCGUUGCUGUGGUUAUAGCUUUCUUGACCUUUUUUACUCUUAUCCGAACAAUGGUGUUGCAUCUGAUGAAGAAGCAGAGUAUAACUGAUUUGACAUGUAGCAUUCCUGACCAGCAUGUUGAACCGACAUACAAGGAGGAAACUCGUCCCCCUUCACCUGCUCCUAGGUUUACCGAGGCAGACCUCCUGUCAUCUGUCUUAAGAAGGCUGGGUGAUCUAGAAGAGAAGGUUGAGAUGCUACAGUCAAAAAGAUUUGAGAUGCCUCAUGAGAAAGAGGAGUUGUUGAAUGGUGCUGUUUAUCGUGUGGAUGCAUUAGAAGCAGAGCUAAUUGCUACGAAAAAGGCUCUUCAUGAAGCUUUAAUACGGCAGGAAGAACUCCUUGCAUAUAUAGAUCGUCAAGAAGAGGCCAAGUCUCGGAAAAAGAAGUUAUUUUGCUGGUGAGAUGACCAAAAAGAAGGCAGAAUUUCGAUCAGCAUUCAAUACUUACUAUACUCAAGAUGGAUAAAAAACUUUCUUAUGUAUUGCCGGUGAUGUAUCACAGUCACAAACGGAAAUGCGAUGUAAAUAAAAUACCAUACACAUGCGCAUAAUGGUUGUCCUUUGGACUGUAUUUGGACUUGGAGUGAUGCCUGGUUAUUGUUUUUCGGGUUUAUCGCAUAUUCUGAAUGUCGUAAUACAUUAAAUAGUGUUUUCCCUUCUUA